AUGGACUGGGAUCAGGACAAUUUCAUGGCGGAGUGGGAUAAGAAGUAUGUCUCAACUAAUGUCAAGGCUGGCUCCCGAUCGUAUGACAGAGACUUGUUCAUCGCGCUCGCUUCUCACUUGGCAUCUUCACACGCGGAGUUGAAGGAUAUUGCCUCCGCUGUCAUAGCUGUAUCCUGUGUUGCGGUCGGAAGAGCAGAUGUGGUGGGACGAUUUUUUGACGAUAUUACGGCUGAUUCAACGCAGGAGGAGUCUAAGCAGAUCUUUUUGCAGCUCCGUGAAGCCAUCACCAUAUCCUUCCCUUACCUGGGGAUGCCAAAUUGCAUUCCGGCAUGCUAUGGAAUGAUAGGCGUCAUCCAGCGGAAAGGACAUGAAUAUGCGUCUAGCAAAGUGCUGCGUAAGAAGACCAUCACCGAUGAGGAUGUACGCAAAGGAACGGAACUCCGCAUGAAGAUUUAUAGCGGAGUUGGAAACUCGGACAUCUUUUCGUUGAUGGGCCGGUACUUCACAGAUCUAUUCACGACAUCAACCGUGGUGACAUGGGGAUAUCUUAUCGCCAAGGCGAAUGAGGAGGUAUUUCAGCCAGAAGAGUCCCAUUUAAUCAUCGCCUCGGCCAUCAUGGCUCUGGGUGCCACCCGGCAGACAAAAAGCCAUAUAAAGGCGACAUUGGGUAUUGGAAAUUCAGUGGACUGCGUCAAAGCGGUGGUGGAAGCUGUAACAAAGAUUGCGGAGUGGGCAAGUCGUCCUCGCAUUGAGCGCUUUGAUGUCGAUCAGCUUGCGGGCGAAGUCCAACGAGCACUGAAACGCGAAUGA